AAACCAAUCUAGCUAAUUGACUAGUUUAUUUAUGGCAUCAUUAGCCAUGGCGUCUUCCCUUUCUGCUUCUCCAUUUCGAUUGUAUAUGGACUACCGUCGACGCUGGUCGCUGUUCAUGACGACGAUGGUGGUGGCGGUGGCGGUGAUGACGAGCUGCUCGGAGGGUCAAAUGGUCCCGGCGGCGUUCGUGUUUGGUGACUCGGUGGUGGACGUCGGGAACAACAACCACCUCCUCUUCUCGAUAGCCAAAUCCAAUUACCCACACUACGGUGUCGAUUUUGCGUAUAGCGAACCCACCGGACGCUUCUCCAACGGCAAGAUCCCUUCCGAUUUGGUCGCUGAAAAACUUGGUCUGCCAUCCCCGCCGCCAUAUCUAUCGAUCAGGCACAUCUGGCAAAACAUUAACAAGAAUGUGUCUGAGCUCGGGUUCGGGUUUGGGUUCGGGUCCAUCCCCUUAACCGGUUUGAACUUCGCUUCCGCUGGUUGCGGUGUGUUGAAGAACACUGGAUCCAUUUUCGGGGUUCACAUUUCGCUGGAGGAGCAAGUUGAUUACUAUGCCAAGGUCUACUCCACUCUGUUGAAGCUCCGAGGGUACGACCGGACCGAAAACAUAGUGAGCAAAGCCUUGUUCCUGGUGGUGAUCGGCAGCAACGACAUGCUCAACUACUACGAUUCCGACAGUCUUCGCGAGAAGUUCGCCCCCCAAGAUCGUUCCAACCAGACAGCCUCCAAGCUCGUAGAACAGCUCGAGAGGUUAUACGCGUAUGGAGCUCGUAGAUUCGCCCUCACAGGGCUCCCUGCGCUCGGAUGUGCUCCUGCGAGAAGGCUCCCUGUCAAGAAUCAGGAGUGCGACAAUGAGUUGAAUUCCAUGUGUGAUACGUACAACCGAAUGCUCAAGCCAAUGCUGCAACUGUUCAAAUCCAAGCACAAGGGUGUCAGCUACACGUACUUCGACGCCUACACUUUCUUCCUAGAUGUCGUCAACAAUGCAUCUCGCUAUGGAUUUAGUGAGACCAAGGCUGCAUGUUGUGGGGUUGGAAAAUUGGAAGCUGAAUUCCUUUGCACUCCCUUCUCGGACUAUUGUGAGGACAGAAACAAGUACAUGUUCUUUGACAGGAUUCAUCCCACAGAGGCGAUGUACCGCCACGUGGUGGAUGCCAUUAUCGACGGUCCGUCGAAAUACGUAGCACCGAUGAACAUCAGGAAAUUAGUUUCUGAGCAUGCUUCUUAGAGCAGAAGGAAGCUAGCUAGGCUAGUAGUUUUAGUUUAGGGUUAUCAGAGUUUAGACAGACUGUUGUUGCAAAUGCAUGCAUGUAACUGUAAGUCCAAGG